UUCACUGUACAAGGUAAAAGAUCUGUAACAGCAGCCCGAAAAGCAAAGAUAUUGUCACCUUCUGAACACUAAUAAGGAAUUGACGGAACUUUGCUUGUGAAAUGAAGGGAGAGUCGCGAGGUUUCACGCGUUGAAAACCGAAUGGGGGGUUCCGAGAUACAUGUCUCUGAAAACUUUCACCAACCCAUCGAAUGGGUACCUCGUGGAUGACACCUGUGUCUUCGGAGUGGAGGUUUUCGUCAUCAAGAGCUCAGGAGUUGGCGAAUGUUUGAUGCUGAAAGAGAGCGCAUCAUACACUCACGAAUGGAGGAUAUCGAGGCUGUCGAGCCUGGGGGAUGAAUCUUUCUCUGAUGUGUUCGCUGCUGGAGACCACAAAUGGAAGGUGACGCUGUUCCCGAGGGGUGAUUUGGCUAACAGAGGCCAAUGCCUUUCGAUGUAUCUCGUUCUAGUUGAUGCGAACAAUCUGGCUUCUGGGCAGAAAAUGAACGUCAAAUUCAUCCUUCGAUUAAAAGACCAAAACAACAUUUUACGCGGUCAGCAAGUUUGUACUACUGUAUGGUUGAGUAGCUCCGCCACGAGCUGGGGUUGGCCUACUUUCAUGCCGCUGACAACGGUUGGGAAAUGCUUGAUGGAUGAUUCAUGUGUCAUUGAAGCCGAAGUCAUGGUGCUCGGAACAGUUAGCAAAUUGCCAUGACAGAAAUGUCAUGUACUGGAUGUGUUCACAAUCAAACAAUCAUCGUUAGUUCUUUUCCCGUGACAUAUAAUAUAUGGAUUGGAUGUGCUCGUUGCUGA